UUCAUCAACAUAAAGAUAUUAAUAUAAAAAAAAAAAUAAAAUAUUUUACACACGACAACAACGUGGAAAGAAUUUUUCUUUACUUACUUCGACAACAAUUUUGUAUUGAAUCAGACUUAAAGUCAUGGAUCACAAUGGAUUUUAUGCAGAUUUAGAUAGUUUGAAUAGUCUCACGAAUAUUGGCACGAAUAGUAAUAGUUUCAGCGAUACGAGUUGUCCAACAUUACCCUCAUUAAAUAAUUUUAAAUAUCAGCAAUCAACGAGUAAUAUUUAUCAGCAACAAGCUAUCCCUGAUCUUAAUCAUACAACAUCAACGCCCCACCAUUCGGCAAAGUCCACGUCGUCAUUGCCACAAACGCAAAUAAAUAUAAACAAUUGUAAUAAUAAUAUAUUUUUUCCGCACGACGAUGGACUUUUUGAUGCGACACAAGCAGCAGCAGCAGCAUGUGCAUCAAUACCACCGAAUACUGGCAAUAUACAACAAAAUAAUAAUAAUAAUCAGAAAAAUAAUUUUAUUGGAUACGUUCGUAAGGAAACGGGACCGAAUAUUGUUGGUGGAGGUAGCAGUGGGGAUAGUAAUAUAACGUAUAAUAUAAAUAACAUUAAUACAAAUAUUGUGAAUAAUAUCAACAAUCCGGCAAAUUUGGUCAAUAACGGUGACAUUUUUGGUGGUAAUCAAUACCAUCAGAUAAACAAGAACGGUGAAACAAUUAUAAACUUUACAAAUAAUAAUCUCAAUUCAACGACUAGUAUGCCAACUGACACCGUGACGGCAACAUCACAAAAUUUCUACGGCUAUCAAACGACAAAUUUAAAUACGAAUAGUACGAAUAACAACAGUGGAAAUAGUCAGGGACAGCACACGAUUUAUGAGUCGUCUGUGCAAUCUCAAACGCAAAGUAGUAGCAGUAGUACAAUUCUGGAUCCUAAUAUGGGUGCAUCGAAGAGUAUGGGCGCUUCAAAUGUCAUUAACUUAGGUGUUGGGGGUGUGUCAUCUAGUUCCACGGGACUUUAUCAUGGCCAUUCACAUCAUCAGUCAAUGAAUAAUGGUGCCUAUAUGCCAUCAGCAGGUAAUACACUUAUCACAGAUCCUCAUUCCUCAAUUGAUUUAUUUGCUGAAUAUUCAGAAUCGCUGUCCGCAGCAAAAAUAAUCAACAAUUUUGAGGCUAAAAAUCCGCUUAAAUAUCCAACAGCAUCGUCAAAUCGACCGAGUGGAAGUUACUAUAAAGGAACGGCUGAUUAUCCAACAUCACAAUAUCAACUACAUCCAUCGACUGUAAAUCAUUUGCCACCACAUGGGACAAAUAAUUUUCACAUGUAUCAACCGAAUCCAUCAAGUAAUGGAAUUCCACCAAAAAUAUCACCAACAGCGCCUCAUGGCUAUGAAUUGUAUAGUCGAAUUCCUGCUCAACCUACAAGAAAUUCUGUCCCUCAUUAUCCUGGUCAAUCACAUUACGGUGCACCGUCACUUGAAGAUUCUCUCAUGCAUAAUAGUGGGAGAGUAAAUUAUGCUCGAUCAACAUCACUACAUCCAUAUCAUCACAGUAUUCCUACACCGCAUCCUGUCCCGCCGAAUAAUUAUGGAAAUUAUUAUAAUACUAACUAUAAUCAUCCAUCAAUACCUCCUUAUUCCACAUAUCCAACACCACAAAUGCAAUCAUAUGUUGGACCAACGAUGAGAAACGAGAGCUGCUCGAAAUCUUCGUCAAAUUACAACAAGACAGGCGCAAUGGCACUUUCACCUGUUGAUCAUAGCACAUUUCCAAUGCCGCCACAUGGCACGACAUCAAGCUAUGCAACGAAAAAAGAUUACUAUACGGAUAAUCAUUAUUAUCAACAUCCUUAUCCACAUCACGAUGAUCCAAUGAAUCGUUCAUUGAAUUCGUGUGCUAAGAAAUCAACAAGUGGUCAUAAAAUCAGUGCUAACGACAUGUACAAUCCGAAUGGUAUGAAUGGAUCGUCUAUUUAUGGAGACCAUCAUCUUCCUCAUCACACGCUGCAACAUCAUCAACAGAAUGGAAAUGUUAUGAGAAAUGCAGGAUAUCAACAGUUACCACCACCAAAACAUUAUAAUCCAGCCAGUGCAUAUCCAAUGCCGUCUGCUGAAAGUUUGAGUUCAUGUGACUAUCAACCGUGCAAUUAUCGCUAUAAAAAUGGUGAAAUGCCAUCGAAAGUACCAAAAAAUCCCCUUUUAAAUCCAAAGCAGUUUAAGACUUAUAAUCAUUUUGAACCACCCCAUCCGCCAUCUCAUAUGACAUCAUCACAGCAUUAUGGUCCACCACAAUAUCAUCACCCGUCAAUGUCAAUGAAGCAUGCUGACAAAAUGAAAAUUUCAAUUGAUCUCGAAGAGCAAAUAAAUAGUUCAAAAAUUCCAAAGAUUCGUGAUACAACACCAUAUGGCUAUGAUCUCCAUUAUCAGCAUCCCGCCUACUAUCCAUAUCAUCGUGCAACAAGGGGUAAUGUUGUUGUUGGACAGAAUGAUAGCGAUAAAAUUCCAAAUAUCAAUCUACGAGAUUUUCUCUCAACAUGGAAUGAAAUUGAUGAGGAGGAGGAGGCGACUCAUCCAUCGCAUGGACUGAUGGAAAGUAUGAAUGGCAUCGAGCACAUGGAGCGUAAAAUAAUGCGUGAAUAUAAUCCAAUGUUUGUACAGAAAGCUACUGAUAAUAUUAUAAGUACUACCGAUGUGCCUACAAAUGAUAAAUCACGAUUGGACUUAGAGAAUGGCGCCAUUAGUGAGGGUACCGAAAAGCUUUAUGUCCUCGAAACAAUUGAUGUACCGAUAUCGGAAUUAAAUAAAUAUAAACAUUUAAGUAUUAUCAAUAAAUUACCCGAAAAUGUAGUCAUUACUGAUAAGGAACUAUUUACUGAUAUGGAAAUGAAUCGUGAGAAAUUAUACAAGAGUGAAUUUGAAUUAGAAUUUGAGGCGUGUCAAGAGCCGAAGAUAACGAAAGUCGAUGAGAUUCAUGAAAUUCCAACAGUCGAAAUUAAAACGGAAUCAGAUGAAGAAGCAGAAAAGGUUGUAGCUGCUGAAAUGGCAUUAAAAUCAACAACAAUAAAGCAAGAGAGUCAAGUUGAUGUUAAAGCAGUGCUACAACAAGAGCAAGAAUGUGAAGAGAAAAAGAAGAAACCUUUAAAGUCACCGAAGCUCAAGAAAAUGGAAGUAAAAGUUCCAAAAAUAAAGCAAUCGAUAUUGAAACUGAAGAAAGAAAAAAUUCUCAAAGUCUCCAAAGAUCUUCGAAAAACAAGAAUUACAAAACGUGUACGAAAAUAUUCGCUGAAUCAACAUGCAAGUUCCGUAAAAAGACUUCAGUCAAUAUGCAUUGACUUCCUCAACACUAGCACAUACAGGAAUUAUGCACGCGAGCAGCUGUCAAUAAGUAAAAAGUUCUCAAAAAUGAAAGUCCUCAAUGAUUUCAAGAAAAAGUUCAAUUUUGACAGCAUGAAGAAGCCAACGUCAUUAGUCAAUCAAAAAUCCAAUCAUUCCGUUCAAGUUAAUUCCCUGCGUGAGAUGUGCGGAAGAUUAUUGGACGAUAAAUCAAAACUUCUUGAGCUUGAUGGAAGUGAAGAGGAAAUGUAUGAAACGCAACGCUUAGUUCCAUCACUAAAGGAAUUAUGUAAAGAAAUUCUAUCCGACAUGAAUGUGAGUGUUGUGGAUCUUUUUACACCGCCUACAUUGGUGGACAUGUGCGAAAAUUAUAUUUACAAUAAUCGACAAUAUUUUCACAUUGAGGAAGUGUCGAACAUACCAAAACUCCAAGACAUAUGUAAGGACGUGCUGAGUGCAUCAAACAUUUUCAUUAAUAUCGAAAGUAACAGCGAUGGCAACAUUUAUACAUUAAAUGAAGCCAUACAAAGUAGUGAAAUGAAUGCCGACGGCGAACCAAUUUAUAUUGUUGAGGAAAAUUCUGGAAAUGUCAGUGAACUUUUUGAAUCCGAUACGCUCAAUCCUCAUGAGAAAUCGGAGAUAUUAAAGAAUAUACAACGUGUGGCCAAUAUAGAUGAUGAUGAUGAAAUAUUUCGUGCAAUUGGUGCCUUACAUGAUGAUGAUGAUGAUAAUAACAAUAGCAAUGUAUACAAUAAGAACAUAACAAUGGGCGAAUUCUCAAUAACUGAUAAUAUCGUUGAUGACAUGUCGUACAUGCCUUAUAUCGCAGGCGAUGAGCUUUUUCAAUCAAAUGUACAGUAUGAGGAAAUCAUAUCGGUAAAUAAUAACAGUGAUGGGAAAAUAAAGAAGAUUUAUGAGAUUCUUCGACAUAAGUACCUUAAUCGUUCUGAUGUGAGGCAGGCAACGCGAACAAUUAAUCGUAUUAUGAGAAAAUCCUUGAGUUAUCAACGAGUUCAUCGAUUCCGUAAUGCACAGCGUAAGGAACGCAUACAUUCACUCAUACAGCAGGCACGUUGUGCUUUAUAUAAGUUGAGAAAACUAAGCUGUGAUAUUAAUAUUGAAAAUACAUCAUCCCCAUUGUCGACAGCAUCCAUGUCGUCGUCAUCCUCAUCUUCGUCUAGUUCAUCUAGUUCCUCUAGUUCCACGUCAUCGUCAACAAGCUCAUCAUCGAGUUCAAAUGAAGAAAUUGAUGAACACGAGAAAAUUAUGGAAAUUGAAUCUCAAAUCAUUGCCAAAAAUUAUAAUAAUCAGCAUGUGGAUGUAAUUAAAGGUUCUAAUUGUGAAGAAUCGACGGAAUUGCCACCGAAAUCUUUGAUAAAUGGAAACUUAAAUGGUCAAACGGAUAUGAGAAAUUUCCCAAAAUUACCAACUGUUUUUCCCUCAAUUAACGAAUAUAAAAUUGAACGGAUGGAGACUGUCCAAAGUGUCAGCAAUCAAUGCGAUGUUAAGGAACUCAAUGUCAAUAAUAAUUUUAUGAAGAAGCGUAAAAUGAGCUUUGACGAAAGUCUUUUAAACAUCAAUAAUUUCUAUCGAAAAAAGGCAGAAAAUGAGUCUGAAGUGAGCAGCAAUGGCCACGAUAAGCAUUCAUAUAAAUCAGACCAUCGAGUCUCAUCAUCACGAAAUCAUUCCAGCCUUAAUCAUUCUUACAACAAUGAUCGAUAUAAUGAGAGAAACAACAAAGAUCGACGACGAAGAAGCAGGAGUCGCAGUAGAAGUCGACAUCAUAACAAUUACAGCACUGAACAACGUGAUGAAAAGUCAUCCUCAAGAAAUAAUUAUCAUAAUUCUAAUCGACAUGAUCAUUACCGAAAAGACCAAAACAAUAAGCAUUCCGAAGCUCGUAGAUUAAUUUUACCCAGCUAUAAGAUAUACGAUAAAGACUUGGAUGUUAAAUUAAAAGUUAGACCAAUUGUUCGCAUCGAACGCGAGGAGAAGGUUGAUGAUUUGGUAAAAAAGUACAAUUGAAUAUUUUAUUACGAAAAUAGUGCAAACGUGCAUGUACAGUAAGUGAUGAGUCAUCAAGGUUAUAAGUUUUUUGAGUAUAAAUAUUGGAUUUACUAGAAUUUUGUAAGGUUGAGUAAAGUUUAAUGUACAAAUAAUUUGUUUUUGGGAUGUUAAAAAGCAUUGCCAAUUGAAGAAAUUUAUCAAAACAGAGAUUUCGACUAUUUAAAUCCUCUAGUCAUGCUCAAGGUUAAGAUGAUCUGAUAAACUUUAUUUUAAGUUAAAUCAAAACUGUCUUAAAACGUCAAAAGAAGAACAUCAGUAGUAGGUUUCAAAAGUAAUCCAGUGAACUAUACUUCUUGAAUUCAACAGACUAGGUAUCCGGAUGAACCAAGAAACCAAUUUCAAAUUCUACUGAGAAUCAAACUUAUAUUCUUAAACUUCAUUAUAUGCUUUGAUGUCCCUAGCUACCUUUCUACUAUCACACAACAUUUACAAAUUAAUUCAACGUUACUAAUCGAAGAGAAUUCAUGAAAUAUUUAUAACCUAUUGACUCAUCAAGCCUGUAUUGA